AUGAUACCGGCGUCUGGAGUUACUUCCUUCAUUUCUACAAAGUCAUUCACGGGAUUCUUUGCGAGGCUCAUGGAUCAAAGGCAGCAGUGUGACAUGUAUGGCUAUGGAUAUCCCGGACCUAGAACACAAAGAUACACUGGUGGCGAGUUUAUUCAUGAGGAUCGGCCAUAUAACCCACCUGAGAGGCGCGAAGCUUAUGAAUACAAGCCCAUGUUAUCCUCUCUGGUCCAUACAAACCAUGGAUCCCACACUAGGAGACGGUCUCUCGGAGGGGAGGUGCCUAGUUUCCAGCCUGGUCUCGGAGUCAGCCCGUUUCAUAGUCCAUACGUUGUCACCAGUCCGGAGACCUCAGAUAAGUACUACGCUUACUCUGGCAAUGCUUUAUCUCAAGUUAUUGCCAGCGGCUACGGAUCCGUUGGCUGGGCAUACCAAGAAAGAUCCCAACGUAGAAACCAAGAGGGCGGGAUCUCGGAUCUCAUGCAUGCAAGAAGCGAACCCAUCUCAGAUCCCAGACAGCGGUAUCCGGAUUCCAUCAGCCCAUACGGCUCGAACACAGAUUGGAGACCAAAUGUCUCACCAAUUGCACAGAUGUCUGCCUCCUUCAAUGAUGCUCUGAGUUCUCCAUAUCUGGAUCCCUCUACCCUUUGUGCCAAUUGCGGUAAUCACCCCCAUACAGAUGGCGGUUCAGUCUACCACCCCUACCAAAGAGAUGUCAGUUUAACCGCGGAUUGGAGACCUCAAGAGGCCAAGAAUUACUUCAUACGGCCAACUGAAGAGGAGAUCCCGUCCAACCGGCAGCUAUCCACCCAGGACACAAGGCGUAUUGCUCCUCACAAUGGCCGUCUUGACGUUCCGUUUUUAGGACAGCCUAGGACCAGGUUUUCUCUCCGGAAGUCAGCUGAAGCUAACGCCCCCAAUAGCCCAGUGACUGUCCAUGCCAACGAUGAUGCUGCGAACAAGGGUCUCGCCAAAAAGCGCAAGAGGAAGCCUAGAACAAUCAAGCCUCGGAAACCGAGAACCUUGACAGAUGCGGGGAAGGCCCACGCGAAGGCGGUAAGAGAUUGCCCAGGAGGCGCCUGCGCUAAUUGUAAGAAAAAGAAGACCAAGGCACGUGAUCCACUGGUGACGAAUUUGGGUUUCAACACGCUUAUGACUGUACCUAGUGCACUCACAGGCUACCGGAGGACAUUCCCAUGGAGUGGCAUGAUAAGCGGACUCCAAGCACUCCAUGGACUGAGCCCCUGA